AUGGAGAAAAUAGAGCACAGGAUGAUAGAUGUAAACAACAUAAAUAUGCACAUAGCAGAGCUUGGACAAGGUCCAACAGUCAUCCUCGUUCACGGCUUCCCAGAGCUUUGGUACACCUGGCGCCACCAGAUCCUCUACCUUGCUGCUCACGGCUACCAUGCAGUGGCACCAGAUCUCCGAGGCUAUGGAGACACAACCGGAGCCCCAAUCGAUGAUUUCACCCAGUUCACCACCUUACAUGUGGUUGGUGACUUGGUGGCACUCAUUGAUGCUGUGGCAGGUCCAAACGAAGAUAAGGUGUUGGUUGUUGGACAUGAUUGGGGUGCGAUUAUUGCAUGGUUUUUGUGCCUUUAUAGACCUAAUAAAGUCAAGGCAUUGGUUAAUAUGAGUGUUACUUUUAAUCCAAGAAAUCCAAGAGUUAAGCCGAUAGAUGGUAUACAUGCUUUAUAUGGCAGCGAUCAUUACAUUGUUAGAUUCCAGGAACCUGGAAAAAUAGAAGCUGAAUUCAUUAAAUUGGGUACAAAAAGAGUUCUGAAAAAGUUCUUGGCUUAUCGCAAACCCGCCCCACCCAUUCUGCCAAAGGUCCUAGUAGAGGACUCGCAAGAUAAUCUGCCUUCAUGGUUGUCUGAAGAAGAUAUCACAUACUAUACAAGUAAAUACAAGAAAGUAGGCUUCACUGGUGGCCUAAACUAUUAUCGAGCAAUGAACUUGAACUGGGAGUUGGCUGCACCAUGGACUGGAGCUCGAGUGGAAGUACCAGUUAAGUUUAUUGUGGGUGACAUUGAUUUGACCUACAAUUCAAUGGGAGUUCAAAAUUAUAUACACAAAGGCGGAUUUAAGAAGGAUGUGCCCCUCUUAGAAGAUGUAGUUAUAAUGCAAGGCGUCGGGCACUUUCUCCACGAAGAAAAGCCUGAUGAAAUCAACGAACAUAUUCACCACUUUUUCAAAAAGUUCUGUGACGCAGUCUAAUGAUUUUUGUGUUUAGUGAGGUAAAUUAUAAGGUAAGUAUACAACUAAUACAAAUCAUUUGAGUGUCAA